AAUCCAGUCUUUGGAGGCCUAGCGGCCCAAACCAUUGUCAUAUUCGGAUUCAGCACAUUUUUUUACCUAUUACCCACUAGCUUAGAGCUAAAAAGCGAGGUGGCAGUUGGUGACCUUCCCUCGUCAGUAACGGAAAAGACCUGAGCAGAGAUAUUUUCGGAUUAGGCAUGUCCUUAUGCUUAUAAGUAAGUUGCAAAAAAGAUUUUCUUCAUCUCGUCUGCAAAAAACUCCCGCCAAAUCUAUUUCGACUCCAUAUGGAUAGAGAGUAUGCUAUUAAGGGUACCCUUCCCUCUUUUUGGGCUUUCCGUAUAAAUGCUGUGUAAUAAAAACUAAAAGUCGCCAGGGCUUCGUAUUUUCAGAACUGAUUGGAAACUCAAUGGAACACUUUUUCGUUUUUGUUUCAAGUUUCAACUAUUGGCAUCCACCAGUUUUCUAGAAAACUCGGUUUUCCAUUGUUCCACAUUACGACCCAUCUUAAAUUUCAUCUGAUCGAGUUCAAAAUUUUACCCGAGGUACUCAAGGUCGUUCCGCCGAGGGAAUUUUCUGAGAAAUUUUUUUGAGACCUUUCCUGGUCGAGUUAUAGGAAAAAUACUGAAAAACGUCUCAAAAACCAAGUUUUUCAAUUCAAGUUUUUUCAAACUUGGUUUUUGAGACGUUUUUCAAUUUUAGAAAUCCUAUAAGUUAGUAAAGAAAAGUUUAAAAUAAAAUUUCAAAAAAGUACCUCUGGAAUAGUCUUGAGUAUCUCCGGUAAAAGUUUGAACUAAGCAGUUUGAGGAGGAGUCAUCCCAUACUCAAAGUCCAAGUUGAGCACUUUUGGAUGUUAUAGAUGUUAUGGUGGUAAUCGAUGGUUUUGAACUUUUAGACUAUUAGGAUGUGCUACCUAUCAUUUAACAUUCAUUGCCCUUCCUCAACUUGAACUUCUUGUAUAGUGACUCACUCUCACACUGCCGCUCCCUCCAGAUAGUCUGACUAUUUCUAGAAGAAAGUCUAAAUUGCCGUUUACCACCAUAACAUCUACACCAUUCAAAAUUAGCACCAUUACACCUUCCUCCUUUUUUCAUAGCUUUUGCCGCGAUGCUUAUAUCUCUGUGAAAACUCAUCAGAAAAUUCUGUGACGGCUUAUUGUGAAGAAAACACUUUCUUCUAUCAGACUAUGUGUAAGAAAAAUUUUCCAUGUACAGAAAAUAGGAGAAAAGCUUAUGAAACUAAAACUUGAGCUUUUUUAGGUUGUGAAGGAAAAACUUCAAAAAUCCAUAACUUUUUGAAAAAAGGUCGUAGAGUAGUGGUAGUGGUCUUAUUUUGUGAUCCACAGUUUUCUCUACACUAGGCUAUGCUCAGCUCAAAAUCCGAAAUUUUUACAAAAAAAAGGUGGCGGGAUAUCCUUAAUAACAUUAUCGAUGACAUUGAAUAAUUUCUUUAUUGCAGAGUUUUGUUUUUAUUUUUAGCCUGGUUUAAGGUGCCGUUUUACUGGUCAUUGUGAAGUGACAAUUACUAGUCGCCGACAUUGUACAUAUUGUCGUCUUCAAAAAUGUUUUACAGUUGGAAUGAGAAAAGAAUGGAUUCAAAGUGAGGAAGAGAAAAAUAGAAGAAAAUAUCAAUCAGAAAAAAAUCGACAAUUAAAAGAAAUGAAACAUAAUAAUAAUGGGAAAAUUAUUCAUACACUUAGUUUACUUUCAAAUGAUAAAUCAAAUUUAACACAAGAUGAUUGGCGUCAUUUAAAUAAUAUUAUCAUAUCACACGAACAAAAUGUAAAACCUAUUGUAUUUAAUCGUCAUUCAAUAAAAACAACAACUGUAAAUGAUUUUGUCAAUAAUAAAACUGUUUGGGUACAACAAUUAUCAUCUUAUUUUAAACAUAUUCCAGAAUUUCAACAAUUAAAUGCUAAUGAUCAAAUUCUAUUAUUUAAAUAUAAUUUUUUUACAUUAGUACCGAUAAAUAUAGUUCUAAUUAAACGUAUAUUAGCACCCGUAUUACCACCAUGUAAUGCUGAUCAUACCAGUUUUAUGAUAUCAAUACAUGGAGAAGAGUUAUAUCGAAAAAUGCGAGAAAAUAUACAUAUGAUUAGUUUAUUUCAACAUGAUCCAGUAAUUAUUAAAUUAAUGUUAAUUAUUGUAUUAUUUAGUGGAUGUUUGUUAACAACCACAAGUCAAAUAGAAACAAAUUGUAUUCAAAAUAUGUCACAAAUAUAUGAAGCUCAAAAUUUUUAUGCAAAACUCUUAUGGAAUUAUAUGGAAUAUACAUUUGGUGAAUUUGAAGCUAUAUCAACGUUUACAAUGUUAGUAACACGAUGUUUGCGUAUUCAAGAAGUGUCAAAUGAAACUGCUUCAUGUCUAAAACGACAAUUGAAUCUCAAUAGUAUAACACCAUUAAUGCAAUCAGUACUACAAUUAAAUUAA